AUGUUCUCCCUUCGCGCUCUUACCCUUCUCACAGCUCUAUCCGCCACCGCCUACAGCGCGGGCACCUUGCAAGUCGUCAACAAGUGCAGCUACGACGUAGCCAUUUACAGGAACAAGAUUGGCGAACAAUCCCAGCAGCCAGAACGGCACACCCUCACCGCUGGCGGCGGAAGCAGCCCCGCUUAUGAAAAUCCCGACAAGGGACAAGUCAUCGACAUAUACAGCGGGCGGAAUGAUGACCAAUUGUCCACCUUGACGGUAAUAAACUCAAACAAGGUCUGGUACGACCUUCGGACCUUCGACGGGAAUCCGAUUGAUGGCCACUCCACGCUCGCCUCGACUGACAGCUCCUGUAAGAGCAUUGAUAGCACGAUGGACUUGACGCAAGAAACGGUUCAGGGCUGCGACAUUGCUGCGUCUUUCACCCUCACUUUGUGGGAUUAG